AUGGCUCAGGAGGUCAUUGAUCUGACGGGCGAGGACUUGGCGGUGAUUGACCUGACCGAGGGGGAGGGCUCCCCCGAGCCUCCAGCGGCCGGCGGGCCCCUGCCCCCGGCUCAGAGACUCUCUCCCGACCGCUCCAGCUGCCCCCCUGCAAGCGGCCGCGGGUCUCCAGAGCGGCCUUUGCUGGAGACUAGUCGCUGGGUGCUGGGUGCAGCGAAGCAGGAACCCCCCGAGCCAGGCAGGCGGAGGCUGGUCAACAAGGCCUGGCUGCAUAAGCUGCGCUACUUCAGGAGGAUGCCGGUGCACCACUUGUUCCUCCAGGGAGUGGUACAGGACGAGGAAACCCGCCAGAACGCCCGCCGGAAGGCCCAGCCCAUCCCCAGCACAAAGCUGAGCAUGGUGGUCACCACCAUGGAGGAGAACUUCCCCCGGGGGACCCUGCAGUUCCUCACGGACUUCGUGUCCUGCCAGCAUUACCCCCCGAAGGAGAUCGUGUCCCACGUGACCAGGAACAUCCUGCUGAGCUCGGAGGCCGGGCCUCUGCUGAAGGACGCCUACAUGCUGCUGAUGAAAAUCCAAAUGCUGGUGCCCGCUACCACGGCUGUGCUGAGCUGGGACUGGGACCUGCUGCGGUACGUCCUGGAGGAGCAGGAAGAGAAGCUCCCGGGCCGUGUCCUGUUCCUGCAGUACGUGGUGCAGACCCUGGAGGACGAUUUCCAGCUGAACCUCCGGCUGCGCUGCCUGCAGAAAUCCAUCGCCAAGAAGGUGCUGUCCUGCGACCGGUGCUUCAGCAACGUCAAGGAGGUGAUCGAGUGGCUGGGCGCUGCGGUUACCGGACUUCGAUUUUCCCAGCUCCAAGAGCAGCAGCACGAAGCAUCCUGUCCCUCGCCGGACAGCUCCAGAGCCGGCAGCCACGCCCCCUUCCCCGGGCCAGACUCGGCAGAGGAUGGCGAUGAAGCUGGGGGAUCAGAGGCUGCUCUCCCCGCUUCCCUGGCCCAGAAGGAGGUGCUGCUCCUCCAGGACAUGUCUCCCAACUGCAGCACCAACAAGAUGGCUGAAGUGGUGUUUCCGUACGUGGUGAACAUUCCUCUGCGGAGCCAAAGGGAGGCCUUCUUAAACAGCAUGGAGAGCCCCCUCCUGCGCUGUAAGGUGCUGGAGCUCCUGUUCCACCACAGCUGCGAUGUGCCAGCCGCCCUGCAGUUGUCUCUGCCCAAGACCGACGAGGAAGUGACGUGGCAGCGCUGGGAGGAGAUGCUUCAGCACUUGAAUUUACUGCUGCUGAGUUAUCACCACGUAGUGCUGGGGCACUUAAGAAGUUCUCUCAGCGAGCGGAUGGAUUUAAUCAUCGCCAAUGCCAAACCCAAGGUGCAGGAGAGCGACAGGCUCAUGCCCACGGAUGUCGAGAUGCACAUCCAGGACUUCAGCAGCCGGCUGCAGCAGGUCCUGGGGCAGCCCCUCCCCCCGCAGCUCAAGGACAAGGUGUGCGUACUGCGGGAGCUGCUGCUCGCCACCACCGCCUGACAGAGCCUUCCAGCACGGGGGUAGGGCCAGCUUUGGGCCCGGUGGCUGCCUGCUCACAGCAGAUGGCCGCGGUUUUGUUAAAAGCCAGGUGCCAGGCUGCCUGAGAAGCCACCUGAAACUGUGUGUACAGAUCCUAUUAAAUUAUUUUCCUGCUGGA